AUGGUGGUUGCAACGUACUGUUCGACUGCCGACUGCGACAUCGAAGCGGUAGACGGCGACCGUUGCAUGGAGAGACCGGGAGUUGCAAAGCUGACGCUGUUGACGCUCGAACUGGACGGGUUGGAGUGGGCCAUGAGGUCCUGGGAAGGGGUCUGGUCUGCCAUUUGGCGACUCCGGAACGUAGUUUGUGAUGUAAUGUUGAAACAGGGGUUUGGAGAGCAGGUUAUCGACUGGGAUGUCGAAAAAGCCCUGGAAUUGGGCGUCGUGAAGGUCCAUGGUAAUGAUAUGGUUUGCUCCAGCAGACGUGAUGAGGUUGGCGACCAGAGUGCCACUCUGUGCGAUCCAUGA